AUGUCCACCAAGUGGCAGGAAGCUACCGCAUCUGUCGUCACUGUCCGGUGGUGGUCUCCCACAGCCGAUGAGCUCGAGCGAAAUGUAGCUGAAUCCGAUAUCUACUCCGCCCUGACAAACACGUGGGCUUGGGAGCUUGGUGGUAUUGCAGCGGUCUCAAUUGCUGCUCUGGCAACACUUGGCUCAGUCGCUUUACGUUUAUCGCCGCGUCAAUGCUGCGAUGAUCUACGCCGCACCGUUCAAGCUAUCUCCCAUUGGAUGUGUCUGGCAUCGACGAAAACCGCGAUCGCAACUGGCCAAUAUUAUCCAGCAUGCUCUCUCAUGAGCGUAUCACGAGACUCGAUCCGUGAUAUCGUUUCAUAUGCCCUUGGUGGACUGCACGUGCACUCAUUUGCCAACGUUCAGACUUCCAACUGUCCUGGACAGCGUGACAACGAACGAUAUGUUGACCGUGGACAAUGCGAUGUGGUCGUUUGA